UCUGUUUAGUGGGGAAGGUGGCCAGGGGUGGGUAUCUCCCUUGGGGACUCCCUGUUUUGUGAGUCCUUGGGUGUUCAGGUGUGGGUGGGUUCCAGAAAGAGGAACACCCCACCGAGUGGAAAACACCUGUUCUCAGUUCAGAAUCUUAAAAGCACACACAGGCCCCACCUGAUGAUUUUGGAGGGGUAAACCUUUGUGGUUUUUCAUGACUUUGUAUGAUGCUUCUGCGAAUCAGGCGAGGGCUGGAUGCCCUGAGGCCAUGCUUUCUUGGGACAAUUGGGGCUUGGUGUAUGUGACAACUUGGGCCUGGAAAAUGUCUAAGAAUAGCUGAGACCUGCAGUGCCAGCUAAUGCUGAAAUCUCAGUCACUCCUUAUCUCAGUUCAGUUUCAUCGGUCAAACCACACACCCCCUCCCCCCUUCUCUGCGCCAGGUCACCACCAUCUUAAUGAUCUUCCCAUUUCCACCCCUGGAGAAGGAAGCGUCUCAGGUCAAACUGGUGAAUCCAGCAGAAAGUUUGGAGGCCACUUUAGUUGGCCUCACCCCUGCCCCAAGACUCCUCCCUUCAGGUUAUUUAUGAGGUCUUUUCAGUCUACUAAAGCUGCCUGGACCUACUUGACCUCUAAUGUCAAGCUGUGUUGAAACCCCACUCUUGUCACAGUCUUGUGAGACUCUGAUAGGAUACCAAUUUUGUGUGAGGUCGGUAUGUGUUGACCUAGCAUAAUAAAACGCCUACAAACCAAGAGAUGGCCUUGCUAUGCUAUACAUUCAAGGACAAAUGAAAGAAGGCAAAACAAGGUUGGGAUGGGGGUAAGGUGUCUGGCCUGAGAAGUCCACAGUCUUCCAGUCUCCCUGCUCCGGGGGUUUCCCAUGUGGCCGGCCACUGGCUGAGAUCCAGAGGCCUCCGGGCCUCCAGGGGGCGCUUAUCGCAACAGAGCAGCCACCCGGGCGUGGCCAGGGCUGAGCAAUCAUGAUCACCGCCGAGGCCGAGGCUGAGUCAGCGGUCCCUACGGUGCCCGAAGCUGGGACAGUCAGAGGAGACCCAGAGCUCAAGGAACCAACAUGGCCUUGGAAAGAUGCCCCGAUCCGGGCGCUGGUGCAGCGCAUCCACCAGUUGCAGGCUGAGCGUGCGCAGGCCUUCCACCGCCUGGAGGAAGGCCACCACCAGUACCUGCGCAGCGGCCCGCCAUACGACUUCCCGAGCUACCGGAGCACAGUGCACGAGGUGACCCAGGCCUUCGCCGCUGCCUCCAGGGAGGUGCUGGCGGUGGAGGCCGAGCUGGCCGGCCCUAGAGCGCAGCCGCUGCUCGCGGGCCACGUGCGAAGCCUACAGCAGCUGGAGCAGACACGCCUGGCCACGGUGGCCCUGCUGCAACUGAUGGGGACACAAGAGCUCACAGGGCAGGAAGACACCCUACAGUUGCACCAGCUGAAGAUGAAGGUAAUUAAAACCAUGGAAGCCAUCAGCGAGGUUCUCCAGGACCUCAGGUUUGAUGCAGAAUCUGCUGAGUGAUGGUGACUCCCCAGGGACCCGCUGAGGGAGAUGGGAAAUGAGUCAGGCGGCGCCCAGCUCUGACUGCUAGCUGGAUAGGGUUGAACCUCACUGGGCUGUUGACCCUCCGUGAGGUCACCACACCUCCCACAAUAAAGAAACCUUCAUCUGCAA